AUGGCAUCCCUUCGUUCAAAUUUUGAUAUUCUCAUCACAGCCGUUUUGCUUGUCUCAUCGUUUUUGUCAGUUUCAUUUAUCUCUGAAUAUCUUACAAGAGAACCAUUUACUGCAGAAAAAAUCAAAUUUACAGGAACGAGUUCUUUAGUUUUGGCACAAGCGUUGUUUUCAGCGUGUGCUGGACUUAUUUUGAUGAAAGUAUUUCACGAGGAGUAUAGUGGCCAUUUUCCAAAAAAAGAAUUUAUUCUUUUGAGUCAAACAUAUUGUGGCGCGAUGUUCUUUUCUAAUAAAGCUUUAUUAUACAUUGACUAUCCUACACAUUUAAUAACAAAAUUAUUUAAACCCGUGACGGUAUUGUUAUUCACAAUAUUCUUCACAAAAAAGUACACCAUGAGACAAAUAGUAUUCAGUUCUAUCACUUUCUUCGGAGUCUUUUUAUUCACCAGCGAAAAGAUUUUCAACUUAAAAAAGACGGACACGGAGUAUACAAGCGCUUCGUAUUUCUUCGGACUCUUUUUGAUCCUGAUGUCACUCUUGGCUGAUGGAAUCGCCUCAUCGGAGGAAGAUAUAGUGACACAUACAUAUCAUGUACCAACAUUCAGAGUGAUGGCUUACUCCAACUUAUUUGCUGUCCCAACAUUCCUUGUCAUUUCCCUUGUCACAGGAGACUUGGCACAAGUCUUCUAUUUCAUUAGAAACGAUUUUGAGUUCUCACUCAUCAUAUUGUGCUUUGUCACAUGCUCAGUAUUAGGGCAGUUUUUGAUAUACAGACUCAUUCAUUUGGCUAACACGUUGCUCCUUACUGCUGUCACUAACACAAGAAAGAUAGUCACUAUGGUCAUCUCCGUGUUGUUCUUCCACCACCCAAUUUCUAUGAUACAAAUAAUUGCGGCAUGCAUCGUGUUUGGUUCGUUGUUUGCUGACAUCAUGACAAGAAAGCCGCAUAACAAAGAAAAGGAAAUAACAGACGAGAAAAAGGAGAAUUGA